AUGAAUCCAAGUCUUCAAUCUUACAAUUUUCAAUACAGAGGAUCAUCCAACGAAGGCUGCAAAAAACGAGAUCAUUCUGUUGGACCAGUUUCCCCAUUACCAGAAGGGAUGAAUGAAAACCUUACACCUUUUACUUCGCAACAAGCUUCAGGAGAUCAAAUGAUGAUGAUGAUGAGAGAUGAUACCAUUAAACCUUCUAAUCAAUUACCUAUCGCUAAACGGACUAGAUUAGACGAAUCAAACGAUCAACCUGUCGUCCAAUUACACGUUAGAGAGGCUUCUAACUCAACUCAUGCACAAGAUUGUGGACCUGCCGAGGUUGAUCAACCGAUGCUAUCAGCAAUCCCUGCUGUUAGAAAGAACAAGAAUCGUGGCUUGAGUAUCUCAAUUCCUCCUGUUGGGCCGACUUUCCAACAUCAAGGAUUGGCUCCUUCACCAGGAGGAACGAGUACCGAGGAUCCAGUGACGCCAUUAUAUCAAAUCGUUCACACUCCUACUAUCGCACCUGGCGCACCUGGGCCAGGGAAUAUAGAUGAAAUCCGUCGAUUAGAAAGAAGUUGGGCUACUAAUAUGAGGGAAGAUGAUCAAAUCUCACCGGAUUUUCCUAACUUUCAAUUGGGUCAAGAUGGUAUGAAUCAAUCUCACGAUUUACUUCAAGCUAAUCGUCGGGAUCCAAAUGAUGGUACUUCUGCGGCUUUGAGAGAAAUGUUUGAAUUAACUGCUUCCGCUAAAACUCCUACUUUUACACCGGAAUCGUUUUCUCUUAUGUUUAAAAAAGAUGAAGAUCAUCAUGGUUCCAAUGGGAGUCAACCUUCUACUAGCUCUCAAUGA